GAAAGCGGCGACACGGAGUAGGCAACGAGAGCAAACUGCAAGUGUACGAGCCAGCAAAAGAGUGACGAAGCGGGACACAAAAGAAAGACAAUCUUUUAAAAGUUUAUUCAGUAUUCAAAAUAACCCUGAUCAUCAUAAAUUGCUCGUAAAUCGCAGAGUUAAUUAUCUAAACUAGAAAGGGAACAUAAAAACGGCUUUUUUGUGGUCCGAUGUCUAGUGCUGAGGUGGUGGAGAGUUCCGUUGACCCUCCAGCCAAGAAGCGACGCGUUGCUGCUACAACGGGAGGUGCCGACGACUCAUUGAAAACACCGAUAAUGGCCAAAAAUGGCUCAAACCCACCUGCUGGAGGAGGAGUUGAUGGUAGUGGAAGUGCUGGAGGUGGCGGAGCAACGACCAGCGGUGACAUCGACGAGGGCUUGUAUUCACGACAACUCUACGUACUUGGCCACGAUGCCAUGAGACGCAUGGCGUCUUCAGAUGUCCUGAUAUCAGGACUCGGUGGUCUUGGUGUCGAAAUCGCUAAGAAUGUUAUUCUUGGAGGUGUCAAAUCAGUGACACUCCAUGACAACCGUUUGUGUACGAUCGCUGAUCUAGGAUCACAGUUUUAUCUCACCGAAGCGGACAUCGGUAAAAAUCGCGCCGUCGCUUGCUACCAGCGUUUGUCUGAGCUGAAUAAUUACGUUCCCACUCGCUACCACGAGGGAGAGCUGGAUGAGGACACGAUCAAAAAAUUCAAAGUCGUCGUGCUGACUGAGACAACUCUGGAUGAUCAGUUGCGUAUAUCAGAGAUAACACGUGCUAAUGACAUCGCUCUGAUAAUCGCAGACACGCACGGUUUAUUUGCUCAGGUGUUCUGUGACUUCGGAUCAGCAUUUACUGUAGUUGAUACCACUGGUGAGCCACCGGUUAGUGCGAUGAUCGCAAGCAUUUCUCGCGAUACCGAGGGUGUUGUCACUUGUCUAGAUGACACUCGUCAUGGUAUGGAAGACGGUGACUAUGUCACUUUUGCUGAGGUUCAGGGAAUGACUGAAAUAAACGGAUGCGAGCCGAAAAAAAUCAAAGUUCUUGGUCCAUAUACAUUUUCCAUUGACGACACGUCGUCAUUCAGUGAGUACGAACGUGGUGGCAUUGUCACUCAAGUAAAAAUGCCCAAGACGAUCAACUUCAAGCCGCUGAAAGAUGCUCUGGUACAGCCGGAAUUUAUCAUCACUGACUUCGGUAAAUUUGAUUACCCUGAGCAGCUUCACUUGGCAUUUAUUACUCUCCAUGAAUAUGUAAAGACUCGGGGUAAACUACCUCGUCCAUGGAACCAAGAAGACGCUGACGCAUUUAUGGCACUCGUGGAAACAGUGAAAGAAAAACACGGCAUUGCUACUGAAGUUAAUAAGGAAUUGCUGGAGACAUUUGCUAAGAUUUCUGCUGGUAAUUUGAACCCAAUUAAUGCAACCAUUGGUGGUAUUGUUGCUCAAGAAGUUAUGAAAGCUUGCUCAGGUAAAUUUUCACCAAUUUACCAGUGGUUGUAUUUCGAUGCUAUCGAAUGCUUGCCUCAAGAUCGUUCUGAAAUAACAGAAGAAGAUUGCAUGCCUACAAACUCCCGUUAUGAUUCGCAAAUCGCUAUAUUUGGUCGUAAAUUCCAGUCUAAAAUCGGCGCGCUCAAGUACUUUGUCGUGGGAGCUGGAGCUAUUGGUUGUGAACUGUUGAAAAAUUUUGCUAUGCUUGGUGUAGGAACUGAAAAUGGUUGUGUUACAAUAACUGACAUGGAUCUCAUUGAAAAGUCUAAUUUAAACCGUCAAUUUUUAUUCAGACCGUCCGAUGUACAAAAAGCUAAAUCAUCAACAGCUGCACGUGUUGUUAAAGCGAUGAAUCCCAGUAUGAAUGUUAUCGCUCAUGAAAAUCGGGUUGGAACUGAGACUGAGAAAGUUUACAACGAUGAGUUCUUUGAAGUACUGGAUGGAGUAGCAAAUGCUCUAGACAACGUAGAUGCGCGUAUUUACAUGGACCGUCGGUGUGUUUAUUACAGAAAACCGUUGCUGGAAUCUGGUACACUGGGAACUAAAGGAAAUACUCAAGUGGUUGUUCCUUUUCUCACUGAAUCUUACAGUUCAUCUCAAGACCCACCGGAAAAAAGUAUACCCAUCUGUACAUUAAAGAACUUCCCCAAUGCUAUCGAACACACUCUGCAGUGGGCAAGGGACAAUUUCGAAGGAUUGUUCCGUCAGAAUGCUGAAAAUGCUGCCCAGUAUAUCACUGAUACUCAGUUUGUUGACAGGACUCUUAAACUGCCAGGUGUCCAACCACUAGAGGUUUUAGAGCUGGUUAAAACGGCUUUAGUUGACGAGCGACCUAAGACAUUUGUUGACUGCAUCAUCUGGGCACGUCACCAUUGGCAGGAGCAGUACAACAACCAGAUACGUCAGCUGUUAUUCAAUUUCCCACCGGACCAAGUGACGUCAAGUGGGCAGCCGUUCUGGUCUGGACCCAAACGUUGUCCAGUUCCACUUGAGUUUGACGUAAAUGAUCCACUUCACUUGGACUACGUCGUAGCUGCUGCGAAUCUUAAGGCAGCUGUUUACAACAUGCCAGCUAACCGCAAUCGUGAAGAAAUAGCCCGCAUUGCCAGCAGCAUUGAAGUCCCGCCAUUUACUCCUAAAUCAGGAGUUAAAAUUGCAGAGACUGAUGCUCAGGUCCAGGUUUCCAAUGGAAGCGGCAGCGUUGAUCACGAACGAUUGAGUCAACUAAUUGACGAGCUACCGAAACAAAAUGAACUAAAAGAUCUUGUCAUAAAUCCUCAAGAUUUUGAAAAAGAUGACGAUACUAAUUUCCACAUUGACUUUAUCGUCGCAGCUUCAAAUCUACGCGCCAGUAAUUAUCGCAUCCCAUUGGCAGACAGACACAAGAGUAAAUUGAUUGCUGGUAAAAUUAUACCUGCUAUCGCAACAACAACAUCAGUUGUAGCUGGACUCGUCUGUCUUGAGCUAAUAAAAUUAACACGUGGUAUUAAAGAUUUAUCACUUUACAAAAACGGUUUUGUAAAUCUUGCUCUGCCGUUCUUUGGAUUUUCCGAGCCAAUUUCAGCGCCAAAGCUCAAGUACUACGACAAAGAAUGGACUCUGUGGGACAGAUUUGAAGUCAAAGGAGAACUUACUCUCAAAGAAUUUUUGGAUUACUUCAAAAAUCAACACAAUCUUGAGGUCACGAUGCUGUCUCAGGGUGUCUGUAUGCUCUACUCAUUUUUUAUGGCUAAAGUCAAGUGUCAGGAACGCAUGGGACUGCCUAUGUCUGAGGUUGUCAAAAAAGUGUCCAAGAAAAAACUAGAGCCACAUGUACGCGCUCUUGUUUUUGAACUAUGCUGCAAUGAUGAGAACGGAGAAGACGUUGAAGUUCCUUACGUUCGCUACACUCUGCCUUGACUUUACUAAAAAUUGCGAUCCACAUAAAUUCAUUAUUAUUAUAAUAAUAAAUAAUUAUUCAACUGAUUAGUCCAUAGUCAUUUAUACAAAUUUAUAUAUUAUUAUAAUUAUAAUAAUAAUCUUAAUAGUUAUACAAUUAAGGGGGAAAGGCGGUCUGAGAUAUAAAAAAAAAAGCUUAUUUUUAUGAUUUUUUUUUUUUUU